GGGUUACACGAUUGAGAUAGGGUACAAUUCAUUAACGAUCGUUGAAGUAUAACGAACUCUCAAGAGACGCAGCAGGAGCAGCUCAUCGAGCCCAGUGUGUCAGUGCCAAGUGCCAGUUCUUCUAAAGAGACUUUCAGUCCUAGAACGUGAACGUUCUGUGAAGUGAUCAAGGAACAGCGCAAGCAACAAACAAAACAAGAAUAAUCAUGAAAGUGUUUAUCGUGACCGCAGUGCUAGUGGCCUGUGCCAUGGCCGCCCCAGCCCCGGCUGAGGAAUCCUCGAACGCCGGAAACGGGCUCCAGAUGGCGCUCAAGUACUUUGGCAGCUGCCUCGACGCCGACGAAAUGGGAACCUGCUUCGCGGUGAAAGGAAUUACCGCCCUGAACCGUGCUGCCCGUGCCAACAACAUUGAAAUCGUGCCCGGUGUAACCUUCAUGAGAGACCCGAGUGCCCCUGUUGACCGCAUGGGCAAGUCCGUGUCGGAGAACGAAAUCGUGAGCUCGCUGCCGGCUGGAGAGGAGAAGGGAGAUGCCCUGUUCGAUAUGGCCAUCGAGUCCGCCAAGCGUCUGUUCACUGCCCGCUCGAUCCAGUUCAAGCUGCCGGAGGAAGCCACCGAAACCAUUGCCCGCUCCAUCGAGGAAGGUAGACUGCUGAAGAAAGGCAAGAAGCUGAAGAAGAUCCUGGGCCCGCUGGUUCUGGCUAUCGGAGGCAAGCUGUUCGCUCUGCUGCCCCUGCUCCUCGGAGGAGUCGCUCUGCUGGCCAUCAAGGCUCUGGUUGUGUCGAAGAUCGCUCUGGUCCUGGCUGUCGUCCUUGCCGUCAAGAAAUUCCUGGGAGGUGCCGUUGAAGGAGCCAGCACUCUGGGUCUGCUGUCCAAGGCCGUCGGAGGUGCCGCCGCUGGUGCCCUCGGAGCUGGAGCCCUUGCUGGAGCUGGAGCCGCAGCUGGCGGCCAGGGCUGGUCGUCGGGAGCUGGAGCUAGCGGAUGGUCCCAGGGCAAUGCCCAGUACCCGUACGCUCGUAGCUACGACACCGCCCAGGACCUCGCUUACAGCGCCCAGGCCCCGAAGGCGUAAAGCCCGCUCGAAACGCAACGAAACCAUAUUAGGUUAGGAACUAUCCACCUCCCCCCAGCCCCCCAAACUAUCCACUAAUUCUAGCUAGUCUGUACCACUGUCUACCACUUUGCACACCUGUCGGUGGGACCCCCAAAAGCCCCACCCAACCUCCUUCCGCGCCCCUUGCGCAUCUCUAGUCUUUAGUCUCUAACCAACAACCAAUUUCACGAACCGCGAACCGAGUCAGAAAGCGAGACACCCACCCCGCGCCCAUCGUUGACGAGUCUACGUCUAGUCCGAACCCCGUCGCGCCACAGCAUCUUCUUCACAAAACCCACCACACAAAUUACCCCUCUAAUCGGUUUCUCACCACACACGACAGCACCGGCUAAUCACCGCCUCUUUCUCUAUACACACCACACCUCUUCCCCUCCACCACUUUGGUGCGCGCGCCCAACUGUCAAAAACAAAAACAAUCACGGGACACGGUACAGGACCAAGGCUUGCACAACGAUAGGUAAGCCACCGCGUAAUUUGUACAUACACGUCACACGCACCGCGAGAAAGUUGCUAGAAUUUGCACCACAAACACACAACCAGAAACGGAAACAUGGUGGCGCUCGACUUUUCGCAACAACAAAAAUCUUUAUUAGGUAAACAACUGCCCCCCUUAAUUUUCACUACUCGCCCUGAGUACCUUCCCCUUUAAGUAGUGUUUUAUUAGUGUUUAGUAAUUUAUUUGCAAAACAAAACCGCGAGCGAGAUACCGGGAGAGAACAAAACGAGAGUGUAAGAGAGAGUAAGAAGAAAAAAAACAAGAAAAUGAUCGAACACGUGUAAUUAAUUUAUUUAAUUUAUUAAAAAACCCCCCGCGAUAACUCGAAGUAGUUUAAACGCAUAAAACCCAGCCACCGCACGCCACACAAACCACAACCAUGCAACAGCCAGCACACGCGCAAAAAAAUUCGACUGUAUAGAUUAUUGCUUAAUUUAAUUUGAUUUUGACAUCGGCUUGUGUGUGUAAAUGUAAAGUGAGUGAAACAAACAAACA